AUGUGCGUUUCAUCAAAAACGAUCUCUUGUACGACGUCAUCACCUGCCUCAUCAACAGCAACGUCAAGAAACACUACAAUGUCGAACAAUAUGGAAGAAGAAUUUUCAAAUGAGGACAUUCUUGUUGAUAAAAACUCUAUGCCUGAAGAUGAUCCUAACGGUAAUACUUUACAUGAUGCUCACGAUAUACGCUGGGGACCGCAACAUGCCGGUGCCAAAUUACUCGCUAGCCAAUAUACAAAAGAAAAACGUAUACAAGAAAUAAUAUGCAUUAUCUUAUUCAUUAUAUUAAUGAUUUAUAAUUUUCUCUUUAUUUGUUAUUAUUUUGAUGUGAGAAAUUGGUAUCUUAUCAUUCCCGCCGCUUUGUCAGGAAUUUUAACAGCUGAUUUUGCAUCAGGUAUUGUUCAUUGGGGUGCUGAUACAUGGGGUGCAGUUGAUAUGCCAAUAAUUGGUCGAAACUUUUUGCGACCAUUUCGAGAACAUCAUAUUGAUCCAACAUCAAUAACACGUCAUGAUUUUAUUGAAACAAAUGGUGACAAUUUUGCAGUGACUAUUCCCUAUCUAUUGUAUAUGGCUUAUAAAUUUACUUAUUCUAAUGAUAUUGAUAUAAGACGCCUAUAUAAUAUUGAAGUCUACAUGUUUCUUCUGGCUAUUUUUGUCUCAAUGACGAAUCAAUUUCAUAAAUGGUCCCAUACUUAUUUUGGUCUACCUUUUUACAUAUCUGUUCUACAACGUUAUCAUAUUAUUCUACCUCGAAAACACCAUCGAAUACAUCAUGUUGUACCUCAUGAUACCUAUUUUUGUAUUACAACUGGUUGGCUGAAUAGACCACUUGAAGCCAUACAAUUUUGGUCACGACUUGAGCUACUUAUUGAGAAAUACUCGGGAGCGAAACCUCGUUCCGAUGAUUUUGCUUGGGCGCAAAAAACGGAAAAAGUUCAUUUUGAAUAG